AUGUCCAGGGCUGCAGAAGCCCUCGCUGAUCCAGACAUCAAAGCAGAGUGGGAGCGCGAGACGGCAGCCACCUUGAAACAACUAGGCUUUCCAGUUGUUGAGGGCCCUACCAGCCUCAUGCACUUGCUUCCAAAAGCAUCUACAUGCCUAACCCGCCGCUUGGCGGCCUUGGGCGAGUUUCUCCAAGAGCUGGAAAAGGCUGAGAAGGCUGAAAAGGGUGAUGAUAAAAGCAAAAAGGCAGACAAAGGAGGUGCUGAGUCAAUUCUGUCGAAGACUUUUGGAUGCUAUAGCCCAUUGACCAUCGCAUUCUGCUUGUUGACACUGACCAAGAUGCGAUCGGUCUACAGUACUAUGGAUGCCUGCAGCGAUACCUUGAGUGCCCUCCAAACGGAAGGCCUCAUGACUGGCUUUUAUGAGAUCGAGGGGAAGGUCAAGGUGGAAAUGGAGAACGCACGGCGAGUGCUGAUCGAAUCUUGGGAUGUGGAGAAUCGUGCAAGGAGUGCUUCACAUAGGGCCUUCUUUUUUAAGUGUGGAGUUUAUUUUGCAGGGCUUAUACAGGCAUGGGGUCUGGGGUUUCCAUUUUGGGCUUUAGGGUUUCGAGCAUAUAGGGUGGGGUGGGGGUUUAAUGUGUACUGUCUGUCGAGAUCGACUGGAGUUUCAGGUUCCGGGACCAGGUUACGGGAGGUCGGUGGCUUCAUGAUGUAA